UGCCUGAAAUUCAGGGAGCUCAUGAAUUUAUAAACACACAAUGAGAAGAAAAGCAUGUGUGUUUUAUGGUUCUUCAACUUUUAAAAAAAUGAUACGGGUUCUCUACAUUUUCACUCUUCCUCUCUCGUCGCAGCGACAAAUCAGCAUUGUGCCGUGCGUUCGUGACGAUUCUCUGACGCCGCCUCGGCCACACCAGUAAGAGAAACCCCGUAAAAGCGAUGAAAAACCUAUAGACUGGACUCUCUAUUCAAGGUGAAGGCUAAUCCUGCAGCACGGCGAUCGAAAUUUCACAAAAAUAGGGAGACAUCAACGCAAGGUUAGAAAAUGGAGGUUCCUCGACUGGGACACGGCAUUAGUAGCCCCGUAAGCCCGUGUGAGGACAUGAUCAAGAAUUUGAGUUUGGAGGCGAUUCAGCUAUGUGAGAGGGAAGGAAAUAAAUCCCAGGACAGUGGGAUUGCAGAGAUGGAAGAACUUCCAGUUCCACAGAAUAUUAAAAUUAACAACAUCACAUGCGACUCUUUCAAGAUCUCCUGGGACAUGGACUCUAAAGCUAAAGAGCGAAUUACCCACUACUUCAUCGAUCUCAACAAGAAAGAGAACAAGAACUCAAACAAGUUUAAACACAAGGAUGUUCCGACGAAGCUGGUUGCCAAGGCGGUCCCCCUGCCCAUGACGGUGAGGGGGCACUGGUUCCUGAGCCCGCGCACGGAGUACACGGUCGCCGUGCAGACGGCCUCCAAGCAGAGCGACGGCGACUACGCCGUGUCGGAGUGGAGCGAGAUCAUCGAGUUCUGCACCGCGGACUAUUCCACUGUGCAUCUAACGCAGCUGCUGGAGAAAGCCGAGGUGAUUGCGGGCAGGAUGCUGAAAUUUUCCGUGUUCUAUCGCAACCAGCACAAAGAGUAUUUCGACCAUGCCAGGGAGGCCCAGGAAAACAAAAUGUUGCCCUCGGUGAAGGACAACAGCGGCAGCCACGGCUCCCCCAUCAGCGGCAAGCUGGAGGGCGUCUUCUUCAGCUGCAACACCGAGUUCAACACGGGCAAGCCCCCGCAGGACUCCCCGUACGGCCGCUACCGCUUCCAGAUCGACGCCGAGGCCCUGUUCAACCCAAAGACCAACCUGUACUUCGGGGACUUCUACUGCAUGUACACGGCCUACCACUACGUCAUCCUGGUGCUGGCCCCCGAGGGCUCGCCCGGCGACGACUUCUGCAAGCAGCGGCUGCCCGCGCUGGACAUCACCGACAACCGCUUCCUGACCUGCACCCGGGAGGAGGACGGCCGGCUGGCCUUCCACCACGCGCAGGACGUCAUCCUGGAGGUCAUCUACACCGACCCCGUGGACCUGGCCCUGGGGACCGUGGCCGAGAUCAGCGGUCACCAGCUAAUGAGCCUGUCCACGGUCAACGCAAAGAAGGACCCCAGCUGCAAGACCUGCAACAUCAGCGUGGGCCGCUAACCCCACCCCCCCUGAGGAACGCCCAAACAGACUGUUUGACCCCUUUAAUGUUACAUCCGCCAUCGUUCCCACUCUUCCGCGGCAUGCUUCACACGGCUUUUUUGCCGAACGGCGGUCUCUCCUUCGGCCCGUUUUUCAUCUUUUUCUCAAAUCUAUUCUCGCUAGAUUUGUUGUGUUCCUGUUUUUUUUUCGGUUUUCUAAUCAUUUUUCGGGAGGUAUCUGUGAAGUCCCUGCCAAGACAUACGAUAACAUUGCUUUAUUUACCCACACCCCUAGCCCCGCCCCCUUUCACCCUCCUCCUGGCUGUGUUGCUUGUAACAGACAUUUCUCCAACCUUAGAGCUGCAAUGUAAUAUUUUGCCAAAGGUAACAAAAUGAUCAAACUGCUGUAGAAGAUCAUUGAUAACAGCUUCUCAAAGGUAUUAUAAAUGAAUAUUAACGCUAUCUUGUAAUUAAAUCAAAUUACUGGAUAAUUCAUAAGAGCAUGAUGGGUUGUACCUGCAGCAUGAAUUUAAUAUUGAAAUCCUUGAAAUGUCAGCACCUACACCUUGUUGUUCUGCAGUGUAACAUGGUAUUUAUUCAGAAUAACGAAAACAUAGACUGUGUUUGAGCAUAAUAAAUGUGAUAGAAAAAUAUUUAUUUUUACCAUUGUAUAGAAAAUGAACAAAUCAAAAGUGCACAAUAUCAAGAAUUCAGAUCAUAGCAACGAGUCGAUUUUUUGGGGAAAAACACCUUCCAAGCAAAAACAAAAGAGAAAGAAAAACGAAUACAGACUUUGCCAGAAUUACGUGCACUAACAAGCUAACAUACACAAGCUCUCUUUAAGACAAAAUAAUUUAACAAAGGAUGUGUUAAGACCAUAGAAUCUAAUUUGGGCCAUAGGGAACAGAACAUUCUCAACCACAUUGAUUGUAGCACAACAAUUUAACAGCUUAAUAGUUCAUCGGCAUGCAGACACUCAAUGGGAUUUUACCGUUUUUUAACGUUACUUGCCGUUAUAGGUUAUAGAUACAUUUCCAUUGUAAUAAUUUAGAUUGUGGGUCUUUUGAAUGACAAGUUUCUCAAGCAGAAUUGCACUUAACAGAAAGCAUCACGUGAGCACAGCUUCUGUACUCCCUUUAGUGGUUCUCAUAUUUCACAGUACAAAGUAAUAUAUUUAAUAAAAUGCUGCUCACGAAAAUCAUGACCAUAUUACAGCUACAUUCCAGAUAUUAAAAAAAAAAAAAACUAUAAAAAUGUCCAGAC